CUCCCUCCAUCCCCAACCGCGCAAUUCCGAUCACUUGCAGCUCAGUCGCCACACACGGAAACACCCCCCCCCCCCUCUGGAAGUGGAAACCCAGGCCUCUCUCGGAUGCGGUGCCAGCCCUGCGCCGCGUCCACCACCGCGCCGGCCGCGGGCGCCGCUGUCCGGAGCGUCAGCCGCCGGAGGGUUGUCGUCGAGGGCGCCGCCUCGGCAACUCACGGCGGCGAGGAAGCGCCUCCGAGGUCAUCGAGGGCAACAUGUGAUCUUGGUCAAAUGUCAAGCAAAACCUUAUUGCUUGUGUCAAAGAGGCAGCUUAUCACCUUGUCAGCCUUUUGUUUUAGCUUACAUUAUUCUUCAAGCAUGUUACUUUGCAAUUGUUCAUGGUUGGGAUCUUUUAAUUUGACAUUUUUUACUACAGCACUUGCUUUGGGUGAACCAUCUGUCAAAAUUGAGGAUGUGACUCCUAAGAUUUUCCCAUCUGGUCCAUUAUUUCCAACUGAGAAACGGAUCGCUGAACUUUUUGAAACAAAUACUUACUCAGUCGUCAAUAUUUUUGAUGCAACACUACGGCCACAGCUUAAUGUAACUGGCGUUGUGGAGAUCCCUGAAGGAAAUGGUUCUGGUGUAGUGUGGGAUGAUUCUGGACAUAUUGUUACAAAUUAUCAUGUGGUUGGCAGUGCUCUUUCAAAAAACCCCAAGCCUGGUGAAGUUGUUGCACGUGUCAACAUUCUUGCUGCUGAAGGGAUACAAAAAAGUUUCGAAGGCAAAUUGGUUGGUGCUGAUCGUGCUAAAGAUCUUGCUGUUCUUAAGGUCGAUGCUCCUACAGAUCUCUUGAAGCCAAUUAAUGUGGGGCAGUCAUCAGCCCUAAGAGUUGGUCAGCAAUGCUUAGCAAUUGGAAAUCCUUUUGGUUUUGACCAUACUCUAACUGUUGGUGUCAUCAGUGGUUUAAAUCGAGACAUUUUCAGUCAAGCUGGAGUGACGAUUGGGGGUGGAAUUCAAACAGAUGCAGCUAUUAACCCUGGUAACAGUGGUGGUCCUUUGCUUGACUCAAAGGGGCAUAUGAUUGGUAUUAACACAGCAAUUUUUACACAGACAGGAACAUCUGCAGGUGUUGGCUUUGCCAUCCCAUCGUCCACUGUACUUAAAAUUGCUCCUCAACUAAUUCAGUUUGGAAAAGUCCGCCGUGCUGGCUUGAAUGUGGACUUCGCUCCGGAUCCAAUUGCAUAUCAGCUUAAUGUUCGCAACGGAGCUCUUAUACUGAAGGUUCCUGCGGGCAGCGCUGCAGCCAAAGCAGGCCUAGCUCCUACCGGCAGGGGUUUUGCUGGCAACAUUGUUCUUGGAGAUGUCAUCACCGCGGUGGACGGCAAACCUGUGAAGGGCAAAUCCGACCUGCUGAGGGUUCUGGACGACUACGGCGUCGGAGAUCAGGUGACUUUGACGGUCCGGCGAGGCGACGAAACCCUAGAGGUAACCUUGCCCUUAGAAGAGGCAAACCUCUGACGCGUUUCUGAGGACAGAAAAGAAGUCCAUGCAUCCAAUUCCAACCCAAGCUGUCGCGGUGUAACUUGUAAGUUUGUAGCACGGACCACCAAGCUGGGCACGCGCCCAUCUGAAGCGAUCUGGCUAGGAACGAGCUAGUCGAUUCAAUUCAGGGCUCCUCUUCGCCAUAGGCACAUGUGUAUUUAUGUUCUGAUGCAUGAGCUUCACUUCCCCA